AUGGCCAAGCCUCACGUGCUCGUCGUCACCUAUCCAGCACAGGGUCACGUUAUCCCACUCCUCGAGUUCUCCCAGUGGCUGGUGACUCACGGCCUCCGAGUCACCCUGGUCAACACCGAGUUCAUCCAGAAGAAGCUGGCCGGGUCGAACGGCGGUGUGCCGCACGGCGGGGACCUGGCCAUGGUCAGCAUUCCCGACGGGCUCGAGCCGUGGGACGACCGGAAGGACCUCCGGCGGAACACGGAGGCAUUCUACGGCCGGGUCCCGGCAGCGGAGCUUGAGUCGGUUAUUGCGAGGAUGAACGAGGAGGAAGAGGGGAGGAUCGCCUGCGUCGUGGCCGACGUGUCCAUGGCGUGGGCCCUCGACGUGGCGGCGAGGAUGGGGAUCCGGCGGGCGGUGUUCUGCACGGCGUCGGCGGCGAUGACGGCGCUGUUUUUUGACACGGCGAGGAUGGUCGCCGACGGGGUGAUAGACGGCGACGGUGAAAUUUUGAAGCACCAGCUAAUCCAGCUGUCCCCAGACAUGGCAGCCGUGCACACCACGGACUUCAUCUGGGCUUGCAUCGGCGACAAGCCCACACGCAAAGCCUUUUUCCACUCAUGGGCCGUAAGCCUCCCCUGGAUCCAAUCCGCGGACAAAAUCAUCUGCAACUCGGCCCAUGAACUCGAGCCCGGCGCCUUCUCCCUCCAUCCGGAGCUCCUCCCCAUGGGCCCCCUCCUCGCCAGCAACCGCCUGGCCGGCAAGACCGCGGGCAGCUUCCUGCCCGAGGACUCCAGCUGUCUAUCAUGGCUCGACCGCCACCCGGCCAGCUCAGUUGUCUACGUGGCCCACGGCACCUCCACCGAGCACGGCCCGGCCCAGCUCGUCGAGCUUGCACUGGGCCUCGAGCUCACGGCCCGUCCCUUCCUGUGGGUCGUCCGGGACGACAACGAGAAGAAGCUUCCGGAAGGUUUCUUGGAGAGGGUCGGGGACCGGGGGAUGAUCAUCCGGUGGGCCCCACAGCAGGAAGUUUUGCGCCACCCGUCGGUAGGGUGCUUCGUGAGCCACUGCGGGUGGAACUCGACGGUCGAGGGGGUUUCGAGUGGGGUUCCGAUCGUGUGUUGGCCGUAUUUUGCGGACCAGCGGCUCAACCGGAGCUACAUUUGCGACAAGUGGCGGGUGGGGUUGGGAGUGAGGCAAGACGAGAGUAGUGGCGUCGUGAGGAGAGAGGAGAUUAAGGAGAAAGUCGAACGGGUUUUGGGGGACGAAGGGUUUAAGGAGAGGGCGUUGGAUGUCAAGGCUAAGGUUGUCGGGAGCGUGACAUCACGUAAGAAUAUGAAUAGGUUCGUCGAGUGGAUUAAGGAUGGCACGUAA